AUGAUUAUGACUCGAGUCUUCAUUAUUCUAGUAUCGGUCUUAAAACUUUGUGAGUCAUCAGGCAUAAAAAAUUUGAUAAAAUUUGAGUUCAUCAGCGAUAAUUAUUCGACGCAAUCAUACACGGUAGAUAAUCUCUACACAAUACUUCAAAACCCGAAAUUUGAUCGACAGAAGCAGACAGCUAUUUAUAGCUACGGUUUUACCCAAACUGUUUAUCAACCAUCCGUUCGCAAAAUCGUUGAAGCGUAUCUUGCAAAUAGUGAUUUUAAUUUUAUUCUGGUCAACUAUAAUUCAAUCUUAGCUUACAACAUUAUCAACGCAAACAAUUUUGGAGUUUACAUUGCGUCUAGUCUUGAGAAAUUAUUUAAUAAUGGAUAUGGUAAUUUCCAUGUGAUUGGAUUUUCACUUGGUGCUCAAAUAUCUGGUGCAAUUGGUCGUUCCUUAAUUAAGAUAUCAAAAGGUAGGCACAUUAUUCCAAGGAUUACUGGACUAGAUCCGGGACAAAUUCCACCUUUCUUUGGUGGUGUUAUAAGGAACCUUAAUGCCGGUGACGCUUUAUUUGUUGAUAUCAUUCAUGGAGAAUCAAAGUUCUUUGGAAGUCCGAUGUCCGUUGGGAAUGUAAGCUUUUGGAUUAAUGGUGGUUAUUCACAGCCAAGUUGUACAUCACACAACAUUAUCAUUUCGUCAAUUUGUAGUCAUUUGAUGACGCCACAAUAUUGGGCAGCUUCUGUUCAAGGGAAAAAUUAUCAAAUGUUUCCUGCUUACAAGUGUUCAAACUACUAUGAUUUCAAAUUUGGCAGAUGUGAUAAAACUCCCGUAGCCUACAUGGGGCUUUAUGUAGAUCAAAAUUUAAAUGGAAAAUUUUAUUUAGAUGCAAAGAUAAACAUUUAUAAAUUUUCACGAUUUUUAUUGCUUUUCAUUGAACUUAUAAAAGCUCGUUUUAAUAAAGAACUUCAUUUCUGUAACAAACUUAUAGUUAAAAUGUUUCUCAAAGGUUUCAUCUCAGCUCUACUUUUAGGUGCUUUAUUCUGUGACUCUGUUAGUGGUCAAGCAGAGGAUAUAAGAUUUCGUUUCUAUUUUGGUGCAAACCAAUGGCAGUUCUACGAUAUAACAAAUAUUCAAACUAUCGUUAGUCAUCCAUCGUUCAGUUCUGCAAGAAACACUGUUUUUUAUCAUUAUGGAUUCACUCAAACUGAAAAUACUGACACCGUUCGUGAUGUUAUAAAUUCUUACUUGCAAGUUGGAAAUGUCAAUAUAGUUCUUAUUUAUUACACAAGUGUAACAACUAAUGCCAUAACAAAUGCUCGAGAACUUGGUGGAGCAUUAGCAGAUUGCUACAUUCGUUUGGCUGACAAUGGAUUUCCUAUUAGUCGACUUCAUCUUGUUGGAUUUUCAUUGGGUGCACAAAUUCAAGCAUUUGCUAGUAGAAAUGUUCAGGGUCGUACAAAUAAUAGAUUAGUUGUUGGUCGUCUCACUGGACUUGACCCUGGUCAAAUUCAAGCUCCCUUGAUUCCACUUGUGGGAAGAUUAAGCUCCUCUGAUGCAGCUUUCGUCGAUUCAGUACAUACUGAAGGCGUUGGAUUUGGUGAUCAUCAAUCAAUUGGCCAUAUUUCUUUCGCUCUGACUGUUUUUGGAAUUUUUGCUGUCGCUUCAGCAAUGCCUUUCACUGAAGAACAGAAACAAAAAGCUCAAAAUUACAUUGAAAAAUGUAUCCAAGAGACUGGAGUAUCACCAGAAAUUGUACAAAAACUUAAAGCUGGGGAUUUUAGCAAUGAAGAAGAGAAGACACAAAAUUUUGCUCUUUGUUUCUUCCGUGAAGCUGGAUUUGUCGAUGAUCAAGGCAAUCAACAAUUAGAUGUUAUAAUUGAAAAGCUGUCAGCUGGAAAUGAUACGGAACAAGCUAAAGCUGUGGUUGAAAAGUGCAAAGAUGUUACAGGAACAACACCAAGCCGAAGAUUUAACAAAAGUUGCAUCAGUUGUGAAAAGGAUACUUUAAGAAUAAUAUUUGAUCAUGAAGUUCAUUUUUGGAAUAUUUUUGGUGUUCGUUGGAGCCAAGUUAUAACAGAAUAUUUUUAUCUGUUUCAGGCUUUAACAGAAGAACAAAAAUUGAAAGUGGACGAACAUACAAAAAUCUGUGCUGAAGAAGUCGGUUUGGAAUAUGAAUCUGGUGUAAAAUAUAGAUUCUCUGUCAUUGAAGACAAUACAGAUUCAGCUAAAAAAUUCGUGAAAUGUUUCUUUAUACGAACAGGUUUCAUGAAUGAGGAUGGGGUCUUGCAGAAAGAUGUGAUGCUUGAGAAAAUUUCACUAGGAAAGGAUGACGAAGCGAAGGCUAAGAUUUCCGCAGUCAUUGAAAACUGCACUGCAUUAUCUGUUUUAAGCUUAUUUUCAUUAAUCGCUGCAUUUCAAAAAGAUGAGAUUAAAGAAGCUCAAGAUAGGCACAGUUUUUUAACGAAAAUUACUAAAGAAUGUACUGAAGAAACUGGACUUAGUCUUGAUGAUGCUCAAAAGUUGCUUUUAGGUGAUUUAAGCUUAAAAACAAAUGAAGCAAUGUGCUUUGUUCGAUGCAUUUUUCAACGAGAAGGAUUUCUUGAUACAGCAGAUGAACCUCAAGUCGGUUACAUUGCUGAAUCUCUGGCAGAAUCAUCAAAACUUAAUAGGAAAGCAUUACUGAAAAUUCUUAAAAAAUGUUCAUCGUUCAAAUAUAAAGAUCCAUGCGAGUCUGCAUUCAAGGGUUCACCAAAUACGCUUGCGACGAAAUUAGAGGAAUUCCGAAUUGCCUUUCAAGGGCAUAUACAACACUGCGCUCAAGAGAUUGGAGUUACAAAAGAUGUUGUUUUAAGGAUGACUAUUGGAGACUUUUCUGUCAACGAUCAAAAAACUCAAUGCUUUGUUGGAUGUUUCUUUAAACGAAUGAAAUUUUGUGUUGCUGUUUUUUUGGUUUCUGUUGCAUUCUCUACAGUUGCGGGUCAAAUAAUUCGAAGAUUUACUGUUCGACAAGCAACAAGACAAUGUAUAGCUGAAACAGGCAUCAGUUACGACACCGCAGUUAAAUUCAGUAAAGGAGAUUUUUCAGAAGACACUGAAUCCGCUAAAUGUUUCCUAAAAUGUUUUGCUUACAAAAUUAAAUUUGUAAGCCCUGAAGGAGAGUUCCAAAAGGAAGAAUUGCUCAAAUAUGUUAACCUUGUGGCAUCAGAUUCGAUUCCUGCAGGUGAAAUCAUAGAUACAUGUAAAAAUGAUACUAAAAGGGAGACAGACGAGUGUGACUUCAUUUUCCGAGCCUACAAAUGCUUCUGGGAUGGUGUAAGAGCAAGUGAAGCUAAUGCAGCUCGGUUUUCAAUUUACAAUACUUUCGAAUUUGAUCGUCUUCAAGAUGAAAAUGAAACCAUUCCUAACGAAAUGAAGGUUCUUGCAAUUAUAAUUUUAUGUUUCACACUAUCCAUUUCCGCGCAAACUCACAAAAAGUCGAUCGCAUUUAAAGCUAUCAGAAAAUGUGCAAAAGAACAUGAAAUUGAUUACUUAUCAGCUUCUAACUUUAUUAAAGGAGAUUUUUCGAAAGCCAAUCAAGCAACAAAGUGCUUCUUAAAAUGUGUGGCUAACGACAUGGAAUUCUGGAUUAAUGAAAAGCCACAGAAAACCAACAUGAUGAAUUAUGUCGAUCUUCUCGUUAAAAACUCGGAUGGUGUCAGUGACAUCAUUGACAGUUGUAUUGAAAAUGAUGUUUCCGAUGACUUUUGUGAACAUCUUUACAAUGUUUAUAAAUGCUUUUGGUCAAAAGCAAUCGUACCGACGAAUCAAAAGCUUCAAUUAGAAAAAGAAUUUCAUGCUGAAAAUCUAAAUGAUAACGAACUGAAAAAAGAGGCAUCACAGUCUUAACAAUUUCAGAAAAAUGACAAAUUUAUUUUAUAUUCUUUGAUUUUAUUUAAAACAUGUGAUUUUCAGUGUCACAAAUAUUUAAAAUAGAGUUCGAUCUAAAUGUUUACAAGAAAUCAACAUUUUGUUAGAAUUUUAAUUCCAUAGUAAAUUAAAUAAAAUAAAAAGAUUUUUAUUACAAUUUAUUUUUGAUAUUUCUUGCUAAAGCUUCAUUGAAAACUUUAAUAUGAUAAUCA